AUGAUAGAUUUGAGUCGGGUCGGCGAUUGCACAGCACAGUGGGGCACGACUACUGGAAGCAGCUUUGGUCGCGAUAGCGGUCGGAGAAGUCAAACGGUGAUCGAUGGCUAUCGGCGCAGAUCUAGGAGACGACAACAACAAACCUGGGUACAGAGCAACAACGACGAUGUAGAUCUGGAAUAUGCGCGGCUAUUGGUGGAUCUGGAAGGUCGGCCCAUAUCAGCCAUCCGCUUCGCCAACUUCGGAGACUCCAAUGGCACUUGUGGGGCUCUUGUAACGGGCAGUUGCCAAGGGAGAAACGAUGCCAUCUCCAUCGUCCAACACGCCUGCGUGGGAAAGGAGAGUUGCUGGAUUGAAGCCUCGGAAGUGGUUUUUGGAUCAACCAACUGUGAUGGCGUUGCCAGAAGCUGGUAA